AGAUUCCAAGUUGUUAUAAAACAAAGAGCUUAUCCAAAAUAUUCAAGCUUUCUAAUCUCUAUCUAUCAAUCAUCAAUGGCGAGCCUUGCGCUUCUUCCCCUAACUCAACCCUCCUUUCUCCCUUCUAAACCAUUCAAAAGUAAUGUGGGUUUUCCACCUUCUUCCCCAUUGAACCAAAGAACCUCCCAUGCUACUCCAUUAAACUGCCAUAAGAUGUAUGUCCCUGGUAAUGGGGCAUCACCAGAGGCCAAGGCAGCCAAAAACCUCCACGGUUUCUUCAAUUACAUAACAGUUAAGAUAGUCAGUGCUCAACUUCAGAGCUAUAACCCUGAAGCUUACAAGGAUUUGAUGGAGUUCCUGAAUACCCACUCGUUGAAUGAUGGGGACAAGUUCUGUGCCAGCUUGAUGAGGGAAUCUUCAAGGCAUAAAACUCUAGCCCUCCGCAUCUUAGAGGUUAGAUCUGCAUAUUGCAAACGUGAUUUCGAGUGGGACAACUUGAAGCGUUUAGUUUUCAAGAUGGUGGAUGAAUCCAACACAAAACUAAUGAGGGAAUAUGUUCAAGAAACCAGUCAUGUAACUGAAAAAGAAACCGGCAAGUGAACCGACUCCAGCUUUCCGAUGCCUCUUUCAGCUGUUCCGACUAGUAAUAAUCCAAUACAUCAUAUAGAGAGAGAGAGAGAGAGAUAGUCAUUACAGGUCUACCCGUGCUGUAUGUGCUGUAUAGCCUCAUUGUGUAGAAAUAUGUAUAGAACAUAUAGAAAAUAUAAAUAAUAGUACAUAUAUAGAUAGAUAGAAGCAUUACUCAGAAGUUAAUUAGAACAGUUUCAUGAUGCGGGGUUAAUUUCUUUGAUCAAUCCCCGGAAAACCUUCCUGCUGCUUGUGCUUUAUCCA